AUGGGCAAGAAGAAGCGACGCGAGGACAGUGCGGGCGGCAACGCCCCGCAGCGACGCAUCUAUUGCUACUACUGCGACCGCAACUUUGACGACGAGAAGGUGCUGAUUCUACAUCAGAAAGCGCGGCACUUCAAGUGUCCGACGUGCUACAAGAAGCUCAGUACGAUCAGUGGCAUGAUCAUCCACAUCCAGCAAGUGCACAAGGAGAGCCUCAAGAGCAUUCCGAACGCAAAGCCGGGCAAAGAGAGCGUGGACGUGGAAGUCUAUGGCAUGGAAGGCAUACCAGACGCUACUGGAGGCAGUACGAAGAAACCGAGGCUGGAUGGACCUCCUGUGGCAAUGAUUGGAGGAUAUGCUGGUCGAGGAGUACCACCGCCAAUGUUUGGUGGCGGUCGAGGACCUCUACCGAUGCCGUUUCCAGGAGGCAUGGCACCGCCUGGUGCAGGGAUGACCAUGCGGCCGCCCCCACCUCGAGUUUUUGCUCCUGGCGGCGUGAUGCCGCCUUCUCGGGCACCAGGCUAUCCUGUGUACGGUGGUGGCAUGCCACCGCAAUGGCCAAGGGGACUAGUGCCACCCGGCUCGAUGGGUUCUCCUUCUCAAGCUGCACUUGGCUAUGCCAAUCAAGGUAGACCGGUGCCUGGGAUGGGUGCUGCAGCAGCUCCUUUGGGUGUGGUAGUCAGCAGUACGAACGUUUUCGAUGGGGCAGCGCAGAAAGAAGUGAAAAACGACCUCGGGCUCGUGUAUGCGGACGAAAACGUAUCCAUGGAAGAGAAGCGUGCACUUCGACCGAAGUACGCGUACAAACUACUAGGAGCAACUGCUUUUGCUGGUGGGAACAGAGUAGAAUGA